UAUAUAUAUAGAUAUAGUGAUAAUUGUAUUGAGGUGAUAAAAAAUGGGGGAAUUAGGGCAAGAAUCAGUGGAAUUUUCAACAUUGGUGAAUAGAGCUGCAGAGGAAUCUUAUGUUUCUUUGAAGGAGUUAGUGGAAAAAUCGAAAUCGAGCGAAAUGUCGGAUUCCGAAAAGAAGAUAAGUAUACUUAAGUAUCUUGUCAAGACUCAACAAAGAAUGCUUAGACUUAAUGUUCUUGCUCAGUGGUGCCAACAGGUACCACUUAUACAAUACUGUCAGCAACUUGCCUCAACCCUGUCAAGUCAUGAAACAUGUUUCACUCAAGCUGCAGAUUCAAUGUUUUUCAUGCACGAGGGACUUCAACAAGCUCGUGCUCCAAUUUAUGAUGUUCCAUCUGCCAUUGAAAUUCUUCUUACGGGUACUUACGAACGUUUACCCAAGUGCAUAGAAGAUGUGGGUAUUCAGAGCACAUUAACUGAUAAACAGCAAAAACCCGUGCUGAAAAAACUUGACACGAUAGUCAGGUCAAAGUUACUUGAAACCACACUUCCCAAAGAGUUCUCUGAGGUCAAAAUUUUUGAUGGUACAGUAAACCUUUGUGUUCAAGGGGAGUUUAAGGUAUUGCUAACACUCGGUUAUCGUGGACACCUGUCAAUGUGGAGAAUAUUGCAUUUGGAGGUACUUGUUGGUGAAAAAAGUGGUCUAGUGAAGCUUGAAGAAACAAGACGGUUUGUUCUUGGAGAUGAUUUAGAACGCAGAAUGGCUGCUUCUGACUCCCCUUUUGCAACUUUGUAUUCUAUACUACAUGAAUUUUGUGUGGCUCUUAUUAUGGACACUGUUAUAAGACAAGUUCAAGCACUUAGGGCAGGCAGAUGGAAAGAUGCAAUUCGGUUUGAGCUUAUAUCUGAUGGUAAUUCGGGUCAAAGUACUGCUGGUGGUUCUACGCAUAUUAGUCAAGAUGGGGAAACUGAUUCUGGAGGGUUACGGACCCCGGGAUUAAAAGUUGUUUACUGGUUGGAUUGUGAUAAAAACAAUGGAACAUCCGAUAUAGCAGCAUGUCCUUUUAUCAAAAUUGAACCAGGGCCCGAUUUGAGAAUAAAGUGUCUCCAUAGCUCGUUUGUUAUUGAUCCUUUAACUAAUAAGGAGGCAGAAUUAUCCAUUGACCAGAGCUGUAUUGACGUUGAGAAAUUGCUGCUAAGGGCUAUAUGCUGUAAUAAGUAUACUCGUUUGCUUGAAAUUUAUAAAGAGUUGGGACAAAAUAGUCAUCUUCGUCGAGCUGAUGGCGACGUUACUCUUCAUUGCUCGGUUGAUCAACCUGGUGCAGAGCACAACAAGGACAAUAAUUCAGAUUCUGAAGGGCAGGAAGUAUUACGAGUGCGUGCCUAUGGUUCAUCAUUUUUUACUCUUGGAAUGAAUAUAAGGACUGGGCGCUUUCUCCUCCAUUCAUCAAAAAGUACAAUAUCAUCAUUAGCACUAAGAGAAUGUGAGGAAGCACUAAACCAGGGAAGUAUGACUGCAGCUGAAGCAUUUAUAAGCUUGAGAAGCAAGAGUUUGUUGCAUUUAUUUGCAUGUAUUGGGAGGUUUUUAGGCCUUCAGGUGUAUGAACAUGGGUUUUCUCCCGUAAAGGUGCCAAAACAUGUCGUAAAUGGUUCCAAUAUGCUUGUCAUGGGAUUCCCUGACUGUGGGAGUUCUUUUUUUCUGCUGAUGCAACUGCAAGAUGACUGUAGACCUAUUUUUAAAUUGCUAGAAACUCAGCCUGAUCCAUCAGGAAAACCAGGAUCAUCUGCUGUACCUAACCUUGUUACCCGCGUUAAAAAUGUUGAUAUAGAUCAAAUGCAUUUGCUUGAAGGCGAAACUGAUUCAACCCUUCUUGAUUAUGGUGCCUUAGCAUCUUCUACUAAUGACACGGGCACUAAUCAAAUAUCCGACAAUGGUAUUCUUUCUGAUUUGACCAUUGAAGGUUCUGGGCUUUCUGGUUUUUCUUCAAUCGUGGAUGAAAUUUUUGAGCAAGAAAGACGAAGCUCUGCACCUGCCUUUUCUGUCCAGAGUUACAAUAGUUCUCAUAUGGAUAAUCCUGGGAAUCUUACAAAUGUAGGUUCAAAUUGGAAUGGUUCUUUGUACCCUACCAGUAAUUACAAGGGUAGGAUGCAAUCUGUUUCCAGAAACGUAGCUAUGAAGAAUCUGUCAGCUUCAAAAUCCGAUCAAGAUUUAUCUGCUAGAUCAUCACUCUCUACUGAAGUGGGUUCUUAUAUCACUGUGGAUGAUGAUCAGCCACCAGUUGCAGGAAGCCGGUCUGCUCGGAUAUCAUCUCGAGCUUCUGCACCAAGUGCAAGGGGAAAUGCAUAUAGAAAUUCAGUAACUGGUACUUCAGCUACAGCACCAGAAUCCCCAGGCAGUCAAAUUACCAGAGAUAACGGAUCACGGAAACGCACAUUGUGGGAUAUGUUAGACUUAAUCCCAUCCCUUAAAUCCCUAGAAAUCCUUGAACCAUCUUCCAAGAGAAAAAAAUCUUCAAGAACAACUCAAAAUCAGCUAGGUGCUGCCAGCAGUAUUGUAAAAUACAGAUAUGUGAAUCUUAUAGCAGAGGCAAACAAAGGUAAUGCACCAUCCAGUAUAUAUGUCUCGGCUCUUCUUCAUGUAGUCAGACAUUGCUCGCUUUGCAUCAAACAUGCUCGGCUGACCAGUCAGAUGGAUGCACUUGACAUUCCAUAUGCCGAAGAAGUGGGAUUGAGAACAGCUUCUUCAAACAUAUGGUUCAAACUUCCGUUUGCAACAGGUGACACAUGGGAACACAUAUGUUUACGACUUGGCAAACCUGGAAGCAUGUAUUGGGAUGUUAAAAUCGAUGACCAACAUUUCAUGGACUUGUGGGAGCUUCAAAAGGGAAACACUAACACUCUAUGGGGUUCAGGCGUUCGGAUUGCUAACACGUCUGAUAUAGAUUCACAUAUUCGCUAUGAUGUUGAUGGUGUUGUUUUGACUUAUAAUUCUGUUGAAGCCGAUAGUAUUAAAAAGCUGGUUGCGGAUAUUCAACGGCUAUCAAACGCUCGGACAUUUGCUUUAGGAAUGAGGAGACUUUUGGUUGUUAGAUCUGAUGAGAAAUCAGAAGAAAGUCGAUCUAAUGUUGAUGCUAAACCAGCUCCAGGAGGAAAAAGUGGUUCUGAAGUGGGAGAUAAAUACUCGGAACAGAUGAGGAAGGCGUUUAAAAUUGAGGCAGUUGGGCUAAUGAGUUUGUGGUUCAGUUUUGGUUCGGGGGUUCUUGCUCGCUUUGUUGUUGAAUGGGAAUCUGGUAAAAGUGGCUGUACUAUGCAUGUAUCGCCUGACCAACUUUGGCCCCAUACCAAGUAUCUGGAAGAUUUUAUCAAUGGGACCGAAGUUUCAUCUCUUUUGGACUGCAUUCGACUCACAGCAGGACCCUUGCAUGCUCUUGCUGCAGCAACACGUCCUGCACGAGCUGUUCCUGUUUCUGGGGUUCCUGGAGCCGCUUCAUCUGUCUCUGCUACACCAAAAGCAAAUUCAUACGGACAAAUGCCAAAUGGUUCGAGCACGAAUGUUGGUCAUGGUCCUGGUCCUGUUGGGAACUCUGGUGCCCCUAACAUAUUGAAUGGUUCUAACAUGGCUGCUAGAGGUGGCCCUGGAAUUGUGCCUAGUUCAUUAUUGCCCAUUGAUGUCUCGUUUGUUCUUCGUGGCCCGUAUUGGAUUCGGAUUAUAUACCGCAAAUAUUUUGCAGUUGACAUGAGGUGUUUUGCUGGAGAUCAAGUUUGGUUGCAACCAGCAACACCACCAAAGGGCGGCCCCUCAGUCGGAGGAUCAUUACCGUGUCCACAAUUUCGGCCCUUCAUCAUGGAGCAUGUCGCUCAGGAGUUGAACGGGUUAGACCCUAAUUUCACUGGUGGUCAACCAUCGGUUGGACCUACUGGUUCCAACAAUUCUGUUGCAUCUUCCAGUCCACAACUCUCAGCUACCAAUGGCAACCGAGGCGGCCUUCCUGGUUCUGCCGGAACGCCUCGACCUGGGAACCAACAGACUGGUUUUAACCGUGCUACAAACGCAAUGUCAGCAUCAUCAAGUCAGUCUUUAGUACGUAGAGCACCUGGUACAGUUGUUCCGGCUCAUGUUAGGGGAGAGUUGAACACCGCCAUUAUUGGGCUCGGGGAUGAUGGUGGUUAUGGUGGUGGAUGGGUUCCUCUUGUCGCCCUCAAAAAGGUUCUUCGAGGAAUUUUGAAAUACCUUGGGGUAUUAUGGCUAUUUGCGCAAUUACCAGAACUCUUGAAGGAGAUUCUUGGAUCAAUUCUGAAGGACAAUGAAGGUGCACUAUUGAAUCUGGAUCAGGAGCAGCCCGCCUUGCGCUUUUUUGUGGGGGGAUAUGUAUUCGCAGUUAGUGUUCACAGAGUGCAACUUCUUCUUCAAGUUCUUAGUGUAAAACGGUUUCAUCAUUCACAGCAACAACAGCAGAACAGUGCAGUUGUUCCUCAAGAAGAAUUACUUCCAGCUGAAAUAAGUGAAAUCUGUGAUUACUUCAGCCGUCGCGUUGCAUCAGAACCCUAUGAUGCAUCCCGUGUUGCAUCGUUCAUCACUCUUCUUACAUUACCAAUCUCAGUCUUAAGAGAAUUCUUAAAGUUAAUAGCAUGGAAAAAAAGUUUGGCACAGGCCCAAGGCGGUGAUAUUCCACCUGCACAAAGAUCACGAAUCGAAUUAUGUCUUGAAAAUCAUACCGGACUUUAUACUGAGGGAAAUCCUGAAAACUCUUCAGCUUCCAAAAGUAACAUUCACUAUGACCGCCCUCAUAAUGCCGUAGACUUUGGGUUGACUGUGGUUCUUGACCCUGCACACAUACCUCAAAUAAACGCUGCUGGGGGUGCUGCAUGGUUGCCAUAUUGUGUUUCUGUGAGGUUGAAGUACUCGUUUGGUGAAAACCCAAAUGUGUCUUUUAUGGGAAUGGAAGGCAGCCACGGUGGACGGUCAUGCUGGCUAAGGUCGGAAGAUUGGGAAUAUUGUAAACAGAGGGUGAUCAGGACAGUGGAUAUGCACGGGUCAGCUGGCGGAGAUGUCAGUCAAGGAAGAUUGAGAGUUGUGGCGGAUAACGUGCAAAGAGCACUGCACAUUUGCCUUCAAGGGUUGCGGACUGGAGGUGGCAACAGUGGUGGAGCCAACGCGACUUGAUUAGCGGUUUCUUGUAGCACCUGAAUAUAGUUGAGUUUGAGAGUUGAUGGUUUGUAUUUGGUAUUGUUUGGGGAUCAUGUUACAUGGAUUGUUAGAGUUUGAAAGUAGGCUAAAAGUUUUCACUUUGUACAGAAAGUGUUCUAUUUUGCUUUUGUAUAAACAUUUUGUCCUGUCCACUCCUUAUGAACAAUAACAAAUAGUAGUAGCUUCAGUCAA